UGAACUCUUCGUGUCUUAUAACACCAGAGCGGAGAAAGGGAUUAAAAAGAAGAAAGAGAGAGUGGAAAAAAAAGGUUAUUUUCCUUUCUCGAUAGUUUCUCUGAUUCAAGCUACGGGUCUUCCGAGCUUACCUUCUUCGUCUUCAGAGGAGUUUCUCGGCAAUUUCGGCGAUCAUGUCUGUUACUCCAAAUCGGAGAUUAGGGUUUUCCUUACCUCCAAAUACGGCUCCUUUUCUGACUCCCCGCCCCGAGAAGCGCUCGUUUGAUCUUAGAUGGGCCGAUGGAAGUUCUGCCAUCAGCCGGAACGACAGAGAUAGGGAGGUCAACAUUCAAGUGAUGCUCAGAUGCCGGCCGUUAACUGAUGAAGAACAACAGAUGAACGUUCAAAAGGCGGUCUCUUGCAAUGAACAAAAGAACGAGGUGACUCUUUUACUGAGUUUAGUGAACAAGCAACUUGAUAAGACUUUUACCUUUGAUAAGGUGUUUGGGCCCAAAGUUCAACAAAGAUCGGUAUAUGACCAUGCUAUUGCGCCCAUUGUUAAUGAUGUUCUUGAAGGCUUCAACUGCACUGUUUUUGCAUAUGGGCAGACAGGCACAGGGAAAACAUACACAAUGGAGGGGGAAAUGAAGCAUAAGGGUGGAGAUCUAGCUUCUGAUGCUGGUGUAAUUCCAAGGGCUGUUCGCCAAAUUUUUGAUACUUUGGAAGCACGGAAGGCUGAUUAUAAUAUGAAAGUCACUUUCUUAGAGCUAUACAAUGAAGAAAUCACUGAUUUGUUAGCUCCUGAGGACCAUUCUAGAUUUACAGAAGAUAGACAGAGGAGACCGAUUUCUCUGAUGGAAGAUGGGAAGGGUGGUGCAGUUAUAAGGGGUCUUGAAGAGGUCGUUGUCUACAGCGCUAAUGAAAUUUACAAUCUCUUGGAACAUGGAUCUUCUAGGAGGCGCACUGCAGAUACUUUGUUAAACAAGCAGAGCAGCCGAUCUCAUUCUGUUUUUUCUAUAACAAUCCAUGUGAAAGAAGCAGCAAGAGGAAACGAGGAGUUCAUAAAAUGUGGUAGGCUGAACCUUGUUGACUUGGCAGGCUCAGAAAAUAUAUCCCGAUCUGGUUCAAGAGAGGCUAGAGCAAGGGAAGCAGGGGAGGUGAACAAGAGCCUGUUGACCUUUGGCCGUGUCAUAACUGCACUGGUGGAGCAUUCUGGUCAUAUACCUUACAGGGACAGCAAGCUGACGAGAUUACUAAGAGAAUCCUUAGGAGGGAAAGCAAAAACUUGCUUCAUUGCAACAGUGUCUCCAUCCAUUCACUGUUUGGAUGAAACUUUAAGCACACUUGAUUAUGCAUACCGUGCAAAGAGCAUCAAAAACAAGCCAGAGGCAAACAAGAAAUUUUCCAAGUCUGUUCUCCUCAAGGAUCUUUAUCUAGAAAUUGAAAGAAUGAAACAAGAUGUGAGAGCUGCAAGAGAAAAGAAUGGUGUUUAUAUUCCCCAUGAAAGGUUUGCAAAGGAUGAGGCAGAAAAGAAGGCAAUGAGUGAGAAAAUACAGCAUCUAGAGUCUGAUCUGGAGUGCAAGAGAAAGCAAGCUGAUAGAUUUCAAGAUCUCUACCAUGCUGAACAAGAAAAGAACUUGGAUUUGGAAAGUGAGAUUAGGGAAUGCAAGGCAAAUUUUGAAAGCAACAAGAAGGCCUUCCUAGAUCUUCAAGAAGCUUAUGCAGGAACGAACUUGAUGCUGAAGGAAAAGGAGUUCAUCAUAUCAAAAUUACUACAUUCUGAGCGUGCUAUUCUCGAACAUGCAAAGGAGCUACGCAGCAGCUUGGAAAAUGCAUCAGAAGAUAUGUCAAUGCUCCUGGAUAAAAUUGAACGGCAGUCGAAAACUGAAACAGAAAACCAAGGGUUGAUUCUGACUUUUGGCUCUCAACUUGAUCAGAGCCUGAACACCUUACACAAGACAGUUAUAGGAUCAGUUUGCCAACAGCAUCAGCUACUGAAAUCCAUGGAAGAGCACGUCAACUCAUCCAUUGCAACCAAGUGCGAGGCAACCAAAUGCUUGGAGUUGAAAAUUGAGAAAAUUAAAGAUACAUAUACUUCAGGAAUUUUGUGCAUGAAAGAGCUUGCUACUGCACUACAAAAGAAAGCCUUCUCAGACUUAGAGGAGAUGAAGUUAUCAAUUUCCACACAGAUGAUGGCUGUUGAGAAUUUUCUGGUCACUGCAGCUUCAGAGGCUGAGCAGGUUCUGAAUGAUGUCCAGAGAUCCCUUGCUGAACAAAAAAAGCUACUGGCUUUUUCAUCUCAACAACAAGAGGCGGGACUGCAAAGGACUCUUGUUUCAACACAAGCUAUUUCGAAGACAACAAUCAAUUUCUUUAAUGAUCUAAGGAGCUGCGCCACUAGGCUCACGACACUUCUUGAAGAAAAUCGAUUGGAAAAAUCAUGUCAGUUAGCAGCUUUUGAGAAGGCAUUUAAGGAAUUGUCUGCUAAAGAGGAAAAGGCUGCUCUUGAAAAGAUUGCCGGGAUAUUAACAGCCUUGACAACGACGAAAGCAAAGAUGGUCUCAGAGGUCAUUGGUAACAUGAAUCACACAUGCAUGGAGGCAAAUAAGAUGCUGCAACUAGAGACGUCUGGCAUGCAGCAAGUUUCAGAUGAUGCCGUAAAGGAGUGGAUUGCAUAUACCGAAAAGGCUGAAAGCCAAUUCCAGGAGGAUACAUGUUCAACCGCCAAAACCAAAGCUACUACAGAAGAAACUCUUCGGCAUUGCUUAGAGAAAGUGGGUCAGUCUAUACAUCAUUGGAAGAAUGUUCAGUUAUCCAUGAAUCAUCUUGAUAAUGAUUAUGCUGCAGAAAUUGAGAUUUCUGCAGAAAAAAGGAAUCAGGAAAAUAACAGCAUUCUUGAAGAACUUGUGUCGGUGUGCUCUCAAGCUGGUGUAAGAUUUGAUAAAGGAACCUGUGACCUGCUGACCGCUGCUAAGAAUUCACUUUUGGUGGACCAUGAAUCUAGAAAGGAAAUGGUAUUAGUGUCAACAAUGUGCUCGGAUCAUCUAAAAACUAUGCAGGACAAGCACACCAUGGGCAUCAGCGAUAUCAGAAGUUUGACAAACAAAUGCCUCUUACAUGAUUACUUGGUUGAUCAUCCAACUAGUAAGACGCCUAGGAGGCAGACGAUCAACGUGCCUAGUUUGGCGUCAAUUGAAGAACUAAGGACACCUCUACGUGACCUGGUUUCAGAAUUUAAACCAGAGAACAUGCUAAAAGGGGAUGCUGAAGGAAAGCAGCAGCUGUAUCUAUCCAAGCAAACCUCAAGAAGUCCACUUGCACCUGUCAAUUGAUAUGAAAAAGGAAUUUUCAAGAGGAACAGUAUGACAAGCCUUGUUGCUAUAGUGUAGUAUGUUACUACAAGCUUACCCUGAUGAUCAUAUCAUCAGUUGAUGGCUGUCUCUUGUAAUAUUAGGCUGCAGGCUUUGCCCCUUCUGGCCCUUCCCACCAUGCAAAACACUUGAAAAUAUGUAAUCAUCGAUUCAUCAUUGGAUGUGGCCACAAACAAACAGGAAAAGAACGGAAAAUGGGAAAAUUGAUGGGGAAAUCUGAGGAUUUGACCAUAAAGAGUGUUUUAACUUGUGUUUACAGCAUAGAGAGAGCUCGAAGAUUGCUUUGUGGACAAUGCUUCUUCUAGAUGCUCCUGCUAAUUAAGAUCGUUUAAUGAUUCGACAAA